AUGAACGAAUAUCAAUUCACGGAAGAUUUCCGAGUGACAGACGAAAUAAAACGGAAAUUUGACGAAGAUGGAUACAUAAUAUUGAGGUCCGUUCUCAGUGAGAAAGAGACUUCUAUUUUGACAUCAGCUGUUGAAAACGAAGAAGGGGUGAUUAAAUACAUGUACGGCCAUGAUGACGGUGAUGGGCGUAAAAUAAAAAUGUGUCUCUGGAAUCAUCCCGGAAAUGACGUCUCUGGUAUGUUGGCAAGGUGCGAGAAGAUUGCUGGUACAAUGGAACAAUUGCUAGGAGGCGAGGUUUAUCACUAUCACAGUAAGCUGAUAAUGAAGGAGGCACAUACUGGGGGCCAGUUCAACUGGCAUCAAGACUAUGGAUACUGGUACAAGAAUGGUUGUCUUUUCCCUGAUAUGGGCUCUGUCACAAUAGCUAUUGACAAAUCGGACAGAGAAAAUGGCUGUCUACAGAUUAUACCUGGCUCGCAGAAACUUGGUCGAAUUGACCAUGUAAUAAUCGGAGGACAAACUGGUGCGGACAUGGAGAGGGUCAAACUAGUGAUGGAAGCGUUACCAUUGGUUUACGUCACGCUAAAUCCAGGAGAUGCGUUGUAUUUCCAUAGCAACGUUCUUCACCGUAGCGACCAAAAUCGAAGUGGUCGCCGACGGUGGGCCAUAAUCUGCACGUACAACAGAGCGUCUAACAACCCGGUCUUAGAACACCACCAUCCGUUCUAUACCCCAAUGACAAAGGUUCCAAACAGCGCAAUUGGAAACUGUCAACAACUAUUAAACAUGGAAGAAAAGGAUUUCAUGCACCCAGAUCGAGAUAAAACCACAGUGAGUAGUCUGUUAGCUUAAUCAAGACAUUCUCAUAGAUGGUACAGGAGUCAUAAUGCUGAGGCCUAACUACUAUGAUGGUUUGAUUCAGAGUUGCUGAGUUUCGAAGAAGAUGGUUAUAUUAUAUUUGAUCGCAGCUUGUACUCCAGGAAAUCAAGCC